AAUUUCGCACAAGUGAAAAAUAUUUGCAAGCACUCUCCAACGGAAAGACAAAGGUCGGCGUCACCUUGAUCCAACCGUGUCGAAUAUUGAGCGAAUUGUUUUCCAUUUAAAUAUUGUGCUAUUGCGUGACAAGUCCAUGUCACUUUGUCCGAGAAAGUAAAACGGGUAUAUAAGCACUUACUUUCUCCUCCUUUCCUCAUGCACACGAGGCGUUUAUGUGCUCACUCCACUCCUGGUUACAAGCUUUUGAGCACCACUAAGCGACACUCAAAUCGAGGUCGACGCUAAACAAGCAGUUUAAUAAUAAUAAUAAUGGCGACAAUUUGUGCAGCAUUAAACUAAUUGGGUAGCAGUGCUUCAAUAAUUGGGGAGAAAUCUGGUUUGUGCACAUCUCUCUUUCUGCGAUGGAUCAAAAUCAACCUGGUCCUUCUACGUCGUCCCCUUCCACAUCGUUGGGCUCCACGACGACGACCAAAAUUCACGAUCUGGACUCUCACCUGAGAACAAUUAUCCUUGGACUGGAAAAUGCAUCCGGAAAUGGGGAAAAGGUCCCUUGGACGCUGCCCGACAAGACCAAGGCGGCAUUGGUGGCCAAGGCGAAACUUCACUUGGAUAACGCCAUACCCAUUAAGCCGAGGAAGGAAACGGUUCCUGUCAAAGAAUGCUGGACCCCAGAAACGACUCGGACUACAACCACUCCGGAGGAAAGCAACAGUGCAACAAAACGGAGGAACGGUCCCACUUUCUCCGCCCUGCAGCGCGGAAUCGCUCUCCGAGCGCCCCACUCCACGAUCAGCAUGCUCACCUGGCCCCAACGCCACGUGCCCUGGUGGAGUGCUGGGUCUGGUGGGGGCAAGGGGGACGACGGCAGCGAGGGAGACGCCGCCUCCAUCAUGAGCAAGGACAACGGGAAGGAGGAUCCUGACGAAGUGGGGACAAAUUCGGGGAAGGGCUCCUCCAAGGCAAGUUGCCUGCCGACUAAGAAGACGCUCCUCAUAUUUUUCAUGGGGAUGAUCACUGGAAGCUUUUUGGUCCUCUUCUCCUUGAGCCUUACGGAUAUAGAGCUGGAUUUGGAUGAUGCUGCAUGUGCUGGGUGUGUCGGACCCGUGGCGAAUGGGCUGGUGGGAAAGGAAGCCAUGAAUGAUACGAGGGGAAGAUCUCCCAGAAAUAUCGUGCCCAGACAGGAUGGCAAGAGAAAAAAUGCAACGACGGAAGGACAAGGGAAGGAAAGUAAUAAUCACGUGAGUACGAAGGACAAGGUUGGAAGUGGUAAGAGCAGUCCACCAUCCGCUACUACGGCCACUUUGGUGACCACCACUAAGCGACCUGCUUCUGGAAUCACUACGACUCGAUUUCAGGAAUCUCACACUGUUGCAAUGACCCCAACAACAACAUCACCGCUUGCUGCUUCAAUCACGGGAAGAGUGGACGACGGUAAGACGACUACAACGAAUAGACCUGUUGGGGGUGAGGACAAAAUUGCUUUGCCAUCUCCUGGGGGAGAAGGAAAUUCGUCCCCUUUCACUGCUCCAACCACAGCUCCCUCGAUGACCACGUCAACGCAAAUGGAUAAAGAUGUGUUGCCGCUUGUGAGCCCGGAUCCUCAAGUCACCACAGUUUCGUCCACAACGGAAUCUACGACACAAGUACCCACGACCAUAGAUGCUGUAUCUCACAUGUUUAGGCAAACUAUUGGAAUGGACUUGUCAACUGAUAAUGGGCAACAAAUAACAGAGUCGACGGCCACUCUCCAAACCGAAACGUCGUCUCCGAUGGUGUAUGAAGUAACAACUCGUGAAGAACAUGAUGUUGUCGCAAUUACGACAAUGGUAACAACACCUUCGUCGGAAAUAUCGGGAUUGGAUGUCACACUGACAACUGUGACGGCACAGACACAGUCAUCAGACUCACCAGCACAAUCAGAACUGAAAGCAACGUCGUUUGAGGCAAGCAUUCCUACAACACAACCCUCUACGACGGGCUCUGCGACAUCUGUCACGACAACGGAAUUGAAAGCGACAUCGUCAUCACCAUCUGAAUCUUCUGCUAUUUCACUGACUACUGAAUCCGGGUUUACGACCAGGGUGUCUGACAUUGACAUAUCUUCGGCAUCUCCACUCUCAUUUAUCACGGCUACGGCAGCAUCUCUACUACCAUCAUCAACCACACCCACUCAUUCCUCAUCCCCGUCAUCCUCUCCCCCUACAACCCAUGCCCAAAAUGCAGACACAAGUUCUCCCCCUUUCAGCACAGCAUUAAGUUCCUCAUCCACUUCGUCACCCUUAUCAUCACCCUCAAUUAAACUAACCACACGUCCAGAAGAAGUAACAUCACCACCUCGUACUUCUCCGAUCGAGCAACCCGUGACCACUGGACCAGCCGCAUCACCACCUGCAUCACCAUCGCAAACUCCGACCUUUAUUUCUGUUCAAACCACCCCACAUCGGGAAGAUUCAGGCAUUGUCGUCACCAGCGUUUCUCCCGUCUAUCAAGAUGGGCCCUUCCCAUCAUCUCCAGCGCCACCAACGAUUCAGGCGCGACAUGAUGAUGCUUACCUGCAAGCGACCAAAACGACCCCGGAGUCAUCAUCACCGAGAACUCUUGUGUCACAGGAUCACUUGACUGUGGGCAGGACUCAAUCAAUGUGGACUACAAAUGCGGCUGUAACACAACAAACCACCACAACUGAGGACUUUUUGGAACAACGCCACACAACAGGACUGGACACGACGUUGUCACCAACAAGUUCUGAUAUGACAACACCUUUGUCAGAGGCUAGAAGUAUGGACGACGACGAAACACCGGCAGAAGGACAACAACCCGAAGCUCAAUCUGAGCAAGAACAGACACAGCAAGUCGUUAGCACGCCGAGGAAGCGGAAAAAAGGGUGGUGGGUUAGGUUCGUGGAAGCCGUGAAGAAGUAUGUGGUCAAAGUUUUUGAGUAAAAUUAUGCCCGCACGUGUAUGCAACAAGUCACGGCAAUCUUGACCAAAUUAAGGGUUUAAGAUGAAUUAGGACAAAUGUGCUAUAAAUUAUUCUGUGAUUUCAAGCAAAUUGGCGUGUAAAAGCUAUCUUCAUUUCACACAUGAGCUAUUAUCUGAGCUUUGAUGAAACCGUAUUUCAACAAUGAUGUAAAUACAAUCAAGUAGUUGCAAAUAAAUAUAGAACGCCUAAUAAUUAACUCCUGGAAUCGAAAAACAAAUUACGAAUCUGUGCACGCUUAUAUAAAACUAACAAGUAGAUUAUACACAUGAGAAUAAAAUUCAGUUAUAAUACUUAUGGGUAAUAAUAAAAAGUUGUCUUGAAGACAUUGAA